AAAAGAGAAGGAUCCAACGGUGUUGUGUCUUCCUUGCCGGUCGAGGUGGGCGAGACACUCUGCCACUAAUCUAUAUUCUACGCCCCAUGAGGGUGUUUCUAGAUUAUGAGUUCAGCGUAGUCACCUGCUAGCUCGGUGACACUGGAUAUGACACAGAAUCGCUGUGUCUCUGGUUCCUCACUUAGCUAGAGACAAAGCCAUAGUGAAUGUCCUUCACCUCCAACAACACAGGAGAACGAAACAACUCAAGUAUUUGGAAAGGCCUGUAUUGGGCUUCUGUCUCUCCUUUGAGCACUGAAAAGAUUAUCAGGAGACAGGGUGACCACAGCCCAGCACCUUACUGAAAUUUCUGUUGAACUAAAGCACUGGCAGCUUGGGUGGUGAAAUCCAGACUUCGUGCAGCCAUUGACCUGUGCGUCUCUCCUGGAACCGUGUGUCAGCGAGCGCUGCACAGCAUCAAGGGUCCCAGACACUUGGGGCCUGAGCAAUGUUGAAAGGAGGGCAAGGGCAGAAAGGUCAUUCUGGUUUGCACUUUCCAGCUCCCAAACUACAGCUCCUUGUCACGGGACCUCUGUUCAUCUCUGCUAACCGUGAGCUAGGUCCCUCUGCUGGGCAGAGCCUGCUGACAGCGGGUAUUGUUGGUAAAAAGCUCUCUCCUAGCAAACCUGGUUUGGGGCACUAGAUCUAUGAGGUCUAAAUGGCUGGUGGAUGGGGGUGGAAGGAGGAUUUUCCUUUUUGCUGUGCUAGCUGGAUGUAGGAGCUAUAGGACCCAUCCCAAACACUUGCCCCAGCAUGCCAGCAACUCAGCGAUGGUAGGAACUUCACUAUGUUUCAUACACUGCCUAAUCCCAGUACCUUGCCCAGAAAGUGUUCAAUCAGUAUUUGCUGAAAGGGGGAAUUUGACGAUGAACAAUGAAGUCCCGGCCUGAUUGGCCCUGCCCUGAAAACCCAGCUUCAUCGCCUCACUUUCCUCCAACCUCAGAUGACCUUUUCUGACUUCUCCUUACAGAUAAUCACUUGUUAAAAAAAGCUGUCUUAGAGGGCUGGAGGUGUGGUUGGGUGGUUGAGGGCUUGCCUAACAUGUGUCAGGCUGUCGGUUCUAUCCCCAGCUCCAAGGGAAAAGAAGAAAAAGAAAAUCAGGGACUCACGAGAUGGUGACUGCUGCACAAGGAUGAGGACCUGAGUUCAGAUCCCCAGCACGGACAUAAAAGCCAGGCAAGGCGAUGUGUGUGUGAUCCCAGUGGCGGGGAGAUGGGGACAAGAAGAAUCCCCGGGGAUGUUGGCAACUCAGCCUAGCUGGAAAGAUGAGCUUCUGGUUUAACAAGGAACCAGAUCUCAAAAAAGUAUGGUGGAGAUCAAUCGAAGAAGAUGCCUGGCCUGUGUGCACACACUUGCACGUGCGUGCCCGCACACACAGACACACAGACACACACACACACGCGCUCCAAAGAAAAAAGAGAUAAAGCCUACCUUCAGUAGGACAUAUUUCCUAUCAUCUGAACUAGAUAAUAAAUCGUUCAGAGGGGCCGGAGAAAUGGCUCAGCGGUUAAGAGCACCAACUGCUCCUCCAGAGAACCUUGGUUCAAUUCCCAGCACCCAUGUGGUGGCUUGCAAUUGUCUAUCGCACUAGUUCCAGGGGAUCCGACACCCUCACACAGACAUGCAUAUGGACAAAACAUCAAUGCACAUAAGGUAAAAAUAAAUAAAUUAUUUAAAAAUAUAAAGAAAUAAUUCAGAGAAGGGAACACACCCCAGGCGCGGGUUUUGUGGGAGGUAACAGCAUGCAUCAGAGUUCCCGGUCAUCUCUCCCAAGCCCACUGAAUGCUGGAGGUCUCCAGAGGCCACAGCAGAGUUCCAACCAGGCAGGGCCUCUCCUGGCCUCUUCUCCAUAGGGCAGUCCUUGAACUACAUUAUCGCUGUCCUUCCUAGCCACCAGGAAGCAAGCAGCUAUCUUGCUCCUAAAGAGUUAAAAAAAAAAAAAACAACAACAAAAAAAAAAAAAACAGGCUAAGACUAUCUGUCUUCCAGGGGACCCAUGAGUGUCUGUUUAGACAGACAGAAGAAGCCGAGGACUCUCUUGAGGCACAGAUAGAAGAAGAGCGGCUUUCAUUUUCCUUAAGUCAGGAGGAGUGUGGCAGGUUGAGCCACCUCAGAAAUUGUCCAGGGGGAAGCUGGAUUUCACUGGCCCAGUGUUUCAAUACCUCGCUCUCCAACAUCUCAGAAUUAGUUUUCACGACCCGAAGUCACAUUACGAAGCUCAGUAUCACAUGGAUGCGUUCCUAAAUUCAACGAGGUUAACACUUUGUUCUGACUGUCUGGGUUUGUUUUGAGGACUCCCCCCCUCCCCCCACAGGCCCAAGGCUAUGUUCCGAGGGGGAUGACACAUUGCGGGAGCCGUGAGCUAGGAAGACUGAGAAGGCUGGGAGAGAAAAAUGGUGGUGUUGAAAUCCAAGUUGCUCCAGAGUUAAUGAGACACAGCCACGGGCAAGUCAUCAAUAGGCCACUGGAUGAUAACCGGGUGUGAUAGACGGCACAUCCGCAGAGGCCCCCACUGCUGAGUGACCUCACUGUCCCCAAAUACAACAUGCUCUCACCCACUCCUGCCUUCCUGUCAUUCCGUGCGGCCCUCCUUUGGCUCACACUCCCUACACACACACACACACACACACACACACACACACCAAACUUCCCAAGAUCCUCGCUGCUGCUUCUACACACCACAGAGCUCCAUUCUACUCAACUCCCCAGGAGCCACAGACUGUGACACUCUGUGGAAGGAAGUGCCCUGGGAGACCAGCACAGCAGCAAACCCUUAUACACUUUCAGUCCUUGAGCCUGGGACACUGUGGGGAAUCCUGUCCUUGUCUGUUACAACUAACCCAGCAGAAAAGGAGACACUCAAAAGAGAAAGACGCUUGUGUCUCUCCACCUGACUAUCAGGCUACUGAAAUAAUGGACCACCGCCCCCCCACCCCCGCAACUAGGAGAUACCCCUCCCCCAGAACCUCAUGCUGGGCGAAGGGAGAGGAAUCACCCAGAAGGGGAGCUUGUCUCCCAGAUGUAAUAACUUGUCAAAUCAUCUUACAGUGUGGGGGUGGAGUUCAGAGAAUGAUGGGCAGAAUCACGCCUCGACGAAGGGAGUUACUUAGAUGUCUCUGGCCCUUUAAUUAAGCCUUACUCUCCCUUCAGGACCCUGCAGGUGGACUUAAGUCUGGAGAGAGGCUCACUAGACCUCUUUAUUCCCAUUUCCAAUGUGACUCUAUUGAAUAAAUUACCCCCUUUCUCCUGUUUCUAUUUAUUUGGCUGCUUUCAUUGGCUUAAGGAUGGGGUGGCUGUUCUUGGCUUUUGGGGUUCAGACUGUGACCCCCUCGAUCACUAGCUGUUCCUCUCCAAAAUGCCCACAGCCCCUCUGUGAAGUUUCUCUUUCCUUUCUACAGCCUAUUAAGUGGGAGUCCAGACCACAAGCUAAGCACGCAGCCCCUCUACCUGGAUACUUCAGUUCACUGAAGAGUCCCAGACAGCACAGAGGGGAGCUUCUCUGUCACUAGAGAAUUGGAUAUCACCGUUUUUAAAAGCAAGACUUAACUAUAAUAGCAUCUAAACCAACCAAGCAGAACAGAAGCCCUUGGGUAGGCGACCAGAGGUGGGACGGAGACAGGAAGAAGGGAAGUGGAACCCUGAGAGGCUGAGGCCUUUCUGAAUAGGCCCCUCACACGCUCUCCUCUUCUGGGACAAUCCUGAAGACGCAGCAGCCCAAAGCAGGCUCUAAGGACCCUCCCUCUGAGCUCUGGGGGAGCCUCCUUUCAGCUGGCUUCCCAAGACGAAGUUCUCACAGGCUGGUAAAAGCUAUGAGCUUACUUGCAAGCCAAGGUCAUAUCUGCCUAGCAACCCACCCCAAAGACUAUAAGUGUGGACAGGGAACAGGCAGGCCAACUUUGCACAAAGGAAUCUGUUCUCAUGCAAAUGACCCUAAGCAAGAAGACUAGAGGAAAAAAAAGAGAGCCUGGGGCAGCUCUGAGGAAGCUGUUUCCCCUCCCCACACACACCCGAAAGAAGAUGCUGAGGGACUCUCAGAGCAAACUUAUUGCCUCACCUGCUGCAGAGGAAGACACAGAGGGGGGUCUGCCUGCCUCACAGACUCCCACUGACCUACUGAAGAGGACAGCCGUACAGCCCGGCCCUUAGCUAAAUUUCCUGAUUUUUCUGGUCCUCUACUCUAGACUGCAAAGGUCUCUUUGUUCUUAUUUAGGACUCAACAAAGUUAGUUUUGUUUGGGGGCUUUGAUUAGCAUGGCAAUGCAGUACUGGAGAAGCGAGGAAAACAGGGGUUUUCAUCUUUUGCCCUGAAUCGCUGGGCUUCAAGGGGAAAAGGUGAGGCCUGUCUCUAACCAGCACUAGCAAGUCAUCCAUCAAGGCUGGAUUCCGGCUACCUCUCCUCAUCCAAACACCAGUGGUCCAAGUCAACUUUGGAUCGCUAGUUGCAAACUAGGCCUGGGUGGCUAUAAUCUAAAAAUGUCAUGUGACCACUUCUCUUCCUCGAUUUGCCUCAUCUCUAAAAUGGGAAUCAUGCAUUUGCAGAGGGCUACUGAUAGGACCAAAUCACAUCAGGACGAGCCAGGCACGAUAAUUCCAGACCUAUAAUUCCAAGCAUUUGGGAGGUGAAUACAGAGAGGAUCAGGAAUUUGAGGUCAUCCUCAUGAGAUUAUAUAUCUCAAAAACCCAAACAAGCCAGGCCUAGUGGCCCACACCUUUGUCAGGUCUCUGUGAGUUUGAGGACUGCCUGGUUUGCAAAGAGAGUUCCAGGAUAGCCAGAGCUGUUCCACAGAGAAGCCCUGUCUGGAAAAACAAAACAAAGCGAACACAUAAAAUCACGCAGGCGUCACGUAAUUCAGUAUCGGAACCCACACAAAUAUAAAACAAUUAGUUAUAAUAAAAUAGUAGCAAUAUAUUAUUAGAAAUUCUACCUGGGGCUGGGGAGAUGGCUCAGGGGUUAAGAGCACCGACUGCUCUUCCAGAGGUCCUGAGUUCAAUUCCCAGCAACCACACAGUGGUGGCUCACAACCAUCUGAAAUGGGAUCCGACGCCCUCUUCUGGGUGUCAUCAGACAAUGACAGCGUAUUCAUAUACAAUAAGUAAAAAUAAUAAUAAUAAUAAUAAUAACAACAACAACAACAACAACAACUCUACCUUGUUGUUGUUACGGCCUCCAACAGCCCGGUUUCAUCCUGCUAAUCACUCAUAGAUGGCUAGGACCUCGGGCACCGUCUAAUUCUUAAACUCAAGAGGUUGAAAAGGUAGGUAGGCAUCACGGCACAUGCGAGCAUUUUCAGCUCUUGGGAAGCACAGACAGGAAGAUCGCAAGCCCAAGAAUAGCCUGAGCCCCAUCUUUAAAACGUAUCUUAAAAGCACACCCAUCUCCAGCCAGGCAGAGUGUCUCGUGCCGGUAGUCAGAUCUACUGUGCAGGCUGAGGCUGGAGGACGGGUUAGCCUAGGUAAUAUAGACCAGUUACAGACCAUGGUUAUGAAAACCUAUAAUCCCGUCGCUUUGGAGGCUGAGACAGGAGGAUCCUCAGUUUUAGGCUAGUCUUGGCUUGACUAGUGAGAUCGUGUCUUUAGAAAAACAAACACAAACCAGGAUCAGGGGUUCAAAUAUAAGUUUGAAGCCAGCGUGGACCACACCAUGUGUCUGGGAUGGGGGAAAGGUUUAAUUAUGCUUACAAAUUUGCCGGCUAUUAUUCAGUCGUAGCCUGGCUGGACUGCAGGGGCCGUAAUAACACACCAUGUACCAAUACACUAGCUUCCCCACUUAGCCCACGCCAGAGCCUAUUAACAGCACUGGAUGACUGCAUUCCCAAAUCGUGGGGGAAAUCAUUGAGCAAGGAAGGGUUUUUAUUAAAAUUUAGAACAGGGUCUCCUCCCUGUGGCGACUCUUCAGGCACAGUCCCAAAGUAGGUUCUCUGGAGUUUCUAACACAGAAAGACAAUCUCUGAACCACAACCAAGCAACCUGGGGAAAUGCGGAGAACACGCCUUUGCUGCGAAGCACCUCCCAGUUUUUCUCCAGAGGUGUGAGAUGGAGUCUAGGAAACCAACUUUGCGCCCCCUCUGGCUCUGAAUAGUCCCUAAUCCUCACACAUGUGGUGUCCUCAGGAAUAACUCGGGCUUCCCGGGAAGCAUCCACUUAGUUCACAGUGACCUUGGGGCCAAGUGGCUUGGAGGUGUCGGGGCUCCCGAACCCCCACAGAGGCCUCCGGGAGGGUAAGGCUGCUGUGCACCUGUGCUCACGCCGCCUAGGCGGGUGCGCGCGCACGGAGAAGCGGAGAUGCUGACUCAGCCAGGCUUCUGCCAUCCCUUUCGGGCAGCGCGGAUGCUGGCGGCUGGUGCGGCUGCAAACAAGGCGGCACGGGCGGGGAGGGAGGUAUUGGGGGGAAGACGACAGUGCACCACCGGCCACCCGGCCGCGGGCUCCUUGGGGCCCAUUGAGGCACCCCCCCAUGCCCGGAAGGGGAACUGGCGGGGCGCACGAGUUGACGAAAUUUUGUGGGGGAAGUGGUCUCUAAAGGAGGAACUCAGGAUCCCGCGAGUGCUCCGCUCACACCCAAACUGGAAGGAACCUGUUCAGUCCGGGACCAGCGACGCGCGGGACCAGCCCAAACGCGCGCCUCCCUUGUCCCCCGCAUUCCAUCCCCCCAAGCCUCCUCACUGGCUCCCCAAAUCCUCAGGGCGCGGGCGGACCCGGGAGCUGCGCUCGGAGAGGGGGUGCAGGGGCGCACUCGGUCGCCCCGGGCUCAAUCGCGCUCCCGCUCGCACUGCAGCUAAGUGCUGGGAUCCGAUCGGGCCGGGAUCCCACGGGCACGCGCGAAUCAGGGGGAUGAGGGCGUCGGGCCAAGGACCCCAGAGGCGUCGGCGGGGAUGGGCGACCCGCGAUGGCAGCGCGGUUACCUUCCGUGACCCUCAGCCCCGGCAGCCGGCAGGCGGGGCGCGUGCCUUGCGCGGCCCCGAUCCACGUGGGCCCGCGCGCGCGCACCAAGCCGGCCCCCUCCUUGCAGGCGCUCGGCGCUCCCAGCACAUGGUCGGCGGCGCGCCCCCGAGGCCGGCGGAGACCGGCUGCAGCCGGUAUAGGAUAAGAGAUAGGCAGAGAGAAGCGGGGCCCGGGCGCGGGCGGCGGCACGCACGGCCAGGGAGGAGGCGACAGGGUUGGGAGGCGGGGGGAGGGUGUGGCUCGGGUGGCCGAGGCUGGCGUGGGUUGGGGGCCAGGGUACUCGAGGCUCCCGGGCGGGAGCCAACUUGAUAGAGACUCUGGCCCACGCCCUAAGGGGUUAAACCUUUUUUCUCCUGUUACGGAGCGGUUUAUAAGAAGGCUCCGGAGGCCCAGCCUCCGCCUUAUUGGGAGCCUUUUGGGGUUUAUUCUCUUCCCUUCUAACUUGGACAUUGGAGGCCUUGAAGGAAAAGCCAUCAGGAGCUCACUCAGAAUUACAGAGCUAUCCAGUGGGAAAAUACCCUAGAGACCGCCUUCACAGAUGCAGCUUAGCCAUCAGGAGAUCCGUGAGUCGGGAACCACUG